AUGGCAUUCAGUUCCGCUGCCCCAUGGGCAGAAGAUACCUCUGAGAACGCGUUUGGGCCCGUUAGCCACCUAAGGCCAUUUGACUUCACCAUCACCUUCGAGCAGGCUAUACUGUCAAUCAUUCCUUCAACGUUCCUACUACUGGCUGGACCCACGCGAAUACUCCACCUGUCUCGUUGUCAACGAAAGACGCGAUCUGGACAUGAUUACUUUUUGAAGUUGGCUGCUGCUUCAAUCAAUUUUGCCCUUCAAUUGUCCCUUCUGGUGCUAUGGAGCGUAUCAGUUGCUUCGCGGACGUCGACUAGCAUCCCAUCCGCUGCUCUGGGCCUCGCCAAUUCUACCAUCAUCAUUGGACUAUCCUAUGUUGAAGACAUAAAAUCAACAUGUCCUUCUUCUCUGCUGACCGUUUACUUGCUUCUCUCGAUUCUGUUCGAUGCGACACAGGCUCGGACCCUAUGGCUUACACAUCGAGUCGCUAUUGCAGCUGUGCAGAGUGCAAUCUUUGGGACAAAGCUUACUAUGCUCUUAUUGGAGACCCGAAAGAAAACGUCUUAUCUGAAGUCCCCCUAUAAAGAGUAUCCGCCUGAGGCAACCUCCGGCAUUGUUAACCAGAGCUUUGUCUGGUGGCUGAAUCGGCUCUUUUUGACUGGGUACCAGAAGAUUAUUGAGAGUGGGGACCUUUUUGCUCUUGAGCCUGGCCUUGGAUCUGGUGAUGCAGGCAAAAAGCUGAAAGUAGCAUGGGAAAAGCAUGGCAAAGCGGAGAACAAAUUUUCCUUGCCUUGGGCCUUUUUCUGCUGUUUCUGGUGGGAAUUCCUUGCUGUGGCCUUUCCUCGAGUGUGUAUGAUUGGGUUCAACUUUGCCCAGCCGUUCAUGAUCACGGCAGUUUUGGUUUACAUAGAGGAGCCGAUCACACCAGAGAGCUGGAAUCGUGGAUAUGGCCUCAUCGGAGCGACUUUCUUGAUUUACCUUGGGUUAGCGUUGUCUAAUGUCCACUACAGACACCGCUUCUCCAGAGUAGAUACCUUGUUCCGUGGAACAAUGAUCUCAUUGAUCUACGACAGGACCUUGGCACUCCAGGACGGCCUUUAUGCAGAAAGUGCAGCUCUUACGUUGAUGAGUACAGAUAUCGACGGCAUUAUUGAGCAUCUGGAAAACUUCAAUGACGUCUGGGCUCGCACAGUCGAAGUGGCAAUCGGUACAUGGCUACUUCAAAGACAAGUGGGUGCAACCUGCGUGGUUCCAUUAAUUCUAACCAUAGCAUGCCUGGGUGGCCAGAAGCUGGUCGCGAAGACAAUCGGAAAGAAGCAGCAAAAUUGGAACCUCGCAAUCCAGAAGAGGAUUCAGAAUACAUCCUCUGUACUAGGUUCUAUCAAAGCCACUAAGAUUUCAGGACUCUCUGGCAUACUGUCUCAGGCCCUCCAGGGACACCGCGAACGAGAACUCUUUGUAUCUCGCGCAUUCUUCAAGGGAAUAAUGUGGUUAAACGGUUUAGGUCAGUCGACUUUCCUUCGUGUGUUGUUCCUCCGCUUAUAUCAACCAGCAAGUCUGCCUAGGAUAUGGUCGCCUGUCAUUACCUUCAUUGUGUAUGCUGUACAGGCACAAAUCAGGGGUGACGACUCCCUUACUACCGUGAAAGCUUUCACUGCUCUGAGUAUUAUCACCCUCGUCACUACGCCCGCGGAAAGACUACUCGCUGUCUUACCCCAGAUAGCCGCUGCUAUGGGAUGCUUUCAGCGGAUUCACGAAUAUAUGGUAUCUGACACCGUGAAAGAUAGCCGAGUUGAGAAAAACGAAUUUCUACAAUUUACUUCCGACCAGACAGACCCAGAGGUCGCCAUCGCCUUGGAUAACGUUACUGUUCUACCUUCACAAAAGGCUGCACAUAUCGCCCUUACUGAUGUGUCUUUCAAAGUCCCCAGUGGGAGCCUGGUUAUUAUUAUUGGGCCUGUUGGGUCGGGCAAAACUACACUGCUAAAGACCAUCCUAGGGGAGCUUAGUUGUCUGUCAGGUACUGUGUCUAUCAGUUCAAGAAAAAUAUCCUAUUGCAGCCAGAAUCCAUGGUUACUUAAUACAACAAUCAAGAAAAGCAUAACUGGUAUCUCGGACCACAAGGUCGACGAGAAGUGGUACAAAACUGUCAUAUAUUCAUGCUGCUUGGAUGAGGAUAUUCGUCGUUGGCCCGACGGUGACCAAAGUGAGAUUGGAAGUAAGGGUCUUGCCCUUUCAGGAGGUCAAAAACAGAGAGUGGCCCUGGCUCGUUCGGUGUAUAGCCGCCAUAAUAUAGCCUUGCUCGACGAUGUUAUGAGCGCGUUGGAUGUGCAGACACAAGAAAUGAUCAUCCAACGACUUUUCUCUCGUGAUGGAACAUUUCGCCUCCUGGGCACAACCGUGGUUUUGGCCACUCACAAUUCCCGACUCCUUGGAAUCGCAGAUGGUGUGGUUUCACUCACUUCAGGUGGUCGAUUUAACCCUCAAACGACAGGAAGUGAGGCCAUUAAUAAUACGAAUUUGUGGAAGCCUAGACAUCAUUCGGAUGCGCAGAUACGGGAUGGCUUAAAUGGAAACUCGGAUGAUCAUUCAAAGACAACGUCUUCGAACUCCAAUCCUAUCAGUGAUAGCGAGAAUAUGGAUCGGACUCGGCAAAUUGGAGAUCUAUCAAUAUAUUAUUACUACGCGCGAACAGUUGGCCCCGUUCUUUGCGCCGUGUUCUUUGUUGGGCAAGUUUUCUCAGCAUUCGCCGAGAACUUUCCCCAAGUGUGGCUGAGCAAAUGGACCACGGCAGGAGGUGAACAGCUUCCUCUCUAUUUAUCUGUUUAUACAGUUUUGGCACUGGCGGCAUCACUUUUUACUAUUUGGUGCCUUGGAAUUGUCUUCCUUCAGCUGAUGCCAAAGUCGGCCGCUCGUUUGCACUGGCUGCUUUUGGAUACAACUAUGAGGGCACCGCUGUCCUUCUUCUCCGCCACUGAUAGCGGUGUGACACUGAAUAGAUUUAGUCAAGAUAUGACUCUGGUAGAUUUGGCCCUUCCUGGUGCGUUGAUGUCUACCGCUGACGCAUUUUUUGGAUGUAUCGCUACCAUUGGUUUGAUCGCCACCGGUUCUCCUUUUAUGGCAACAACAAUACCGGUCACACUGAUCGUACUAUAUUUUUUGCAAAAGGUUUAUCUCAAGACGAGUCGCCAACUACGAUAUCUCGAUCUGGAGUCUAGAAGUCCAUUGUACUCACACUUUGCCGAAGCCCUUGAAGGUCUGCCGACGAUUCGGGCCUUUGGCUGGCAAGAUACCUCAACGAAGAUUCUAACUCAUCAUCUUGACCAGUCGCAAAAGCCGUACUACAUGCUAUUGUGUGCGCAGAGGUGGUUGAAUCUGGUCCUUGAUAUUGUGGUGAUGGCAUUAGCAACCGUUGUGGUAAUGCUAGCUGUCAUGCUGCGUAACAGUACAGAUUCGAGCCUCCUUGGCGUCGCCUUGAACAACAUCCUUGGAUUCAACCAAUUAUUGUCAUACUUCAUCACAUCAUGGACUAAUCUUGAGACGUCACUCGGAGCGAUAGCUCGUGUCAAAUCAUUUGUUGAGACAACUCCGUGUGAAGACCAGCCGGGUAUAGCCGCAGAACUGCCUACAUCAUGGCCCAAUAGGGGGGAGAUCAACAUACUGGAGCUCUCUCUCCGCUAUCCUGAUGGAACCAUGGCCCUGGAUAACAUCUCUAUGUACAUACGCCCGGGUGAGAAGAUCGGGAUCUGCGGCCGCACUGGCAGCGGGAAAAGUUCCCUCACACUAGCCAUGUUGCGUCUCGUCGACUUCUCGCAUGGCAAUAUCACAAUCGACCAGGCAGACAUUUCCAAGAUCGCCCCGACAUCAAUUCGGGAAAGGCUUAUAGCCGUGCCUCAGGAUCCGUUCACGCUUUUGGGAACCAUCCGCUAUAAUGCAGAUAUUACGGGACUCUCCAGUGAUAGCCAGAUUAUAUCUGUGCUAAAGCAGAUUGGCGUUUGGGCAGCAAUUGAAAGUCGUGGGGGCCUGGACGCACUCCUUGAGGACCAUCCACUGUCGCAAGGAGAGCAGCAACUCUUCUGUCUGGCACGGGCAAUUCUUAAAAGACAUACCAGUGAUGGUGGGUGUCAGGUGCUAAUUCUGGAUGAAGCCACGAGCAGUCUUGAUGCCCAAACAGAUCGACGAGUGCAGGAAGUCAUGAGAGAGGCUUUCCAUGACUGUACUGUGUUCAGCAUCGCUCAUAGACUUGACACAAUCAUAGAUUUUGAUAGAAUUGCAGUAUUGGAUGCUGGAUGUCUUGUUGAGUUCGACAGUCCACAGAAUCUCCUUUCCAGGGAAGGUUUAUUCAAGCAUAUGUAUUCUGAGACAGAUGGGUAA